AUGAGAAUAAAUCACGCCAACCUCUCGCGUACAGUAAUAUAUGGCACGUCUGCUGUGCACAUAACAGAGCCUGGAGUGGAGGCAACCCACAGAUGGAAGGUGUACAUCAGAGGCUACAAAAACACAGAUAUAAGCUACUUUAUUCGCAGUGUAACUUUCAAAACGCACGAAACAUUUACAAACCCAACCCGGACCGUCGACACGCCGCCCUUUGAGAUCGAGGAGUGCGGCUGGGGCGAGUUUACAAUCUCUGGAAAGAUAUAUUUUAUAGAUGCGCAUGAAAAGCCUCUUGCAUUUAUCGUGUCGCUGAAGCUGCACAACGACGCAGGAAACCGGGUCAUUGGGGACAUAGAGUACGACAAAGGCGAAAUUGUGAAUGAGCGGCUGGACACCAUAGUCUUCGAAAGCCCGUCUGAAAAUAUAUACAAGGUUUUGAAGGAGCAUGAAGAGCCUCCCUUUGACGAAAGCGUGAAGGAAACAAUCCAUAGCGAAAAGGCCCAGAUAGAAAGCGCAAUCGACUAUCUUAUAUCAAAGCUGAGCGAAGACGCUGCAGUGUAG